AUGCCUUUCCCUCUCUCUUAUCCAGGCCUUCUAUGCGUUUUGGAGCAUUUGGAGGCAGUUAAGCGAGCCCAUAUCAUUGGCCGUUCUCCAGGUCAUCAAAAAAUUGAUAAAUUAAUUCCACUUUGUUUGGAGAAUCUUCAUAUUGGAAAAAGCGAGCUCGUUAUCAACAAAUUAUGGAUUACAUGUGAAAAGGAUGAAGUGAAUCUCAAAAUGAAAAGGAAAACAUUCAGCAGACAGAUAUCAGAGUCCCAAGAAGACAAAAUGAAAAAGUUGGCACACUUCUGGAUCUCUGGAAGGUCAAAGAUCUAUGUGGACAGGUUGCGUUGGUUUUGCAGUUUGCCACCAGGUUUCUUGCCUGUUGAUCUGAAAUUUAGAGUGAAUUCUUUGAAUGCAUUCUGCGACUUGGGAGCCGCAAUUCCAUAUAUUGACCCUCGUAGUUUUCCUCUCAAAACUGUGGCCACAACCCUUAAGUCUUCAACAUUAUUUGACAACCAAGUUGUAAAGUUUGCGGAAACCCUUAUUCUGAAUCUCAUUCAUCACCGGAACGUCACUGUUGAAGACCUCAAGAAGCUUGAAAACAAGACUGUGAUGAUCAAAUCCUUUUGGGACUUUAUAAUCGAUAUUAUUCUAUUGAUCGAAUAUCAUAUUGAAACUCAGAAAGAUAUUCGAACCACUUUUGUGAUUUCUACAGGAUUGCCUAAGUUCUCCAUCCCAAUCAACAACGAGACUAGAAUCCGCGUGUACGCAAUCGAUGAUUCAGAAGAAGAUUGUCCUUAUAAAAAAUAUUUUCCUUAUAAAAUUAUUGUGAAACCAGUCUCUAUAGUCUCUGGAUUAUAA